GCCGGCGGGCGGCGGCCCCGGGCAGCGGCAGCGGCAGGUAGUUUAACGGUGUCUCCAGGAAGGCAGCACCCAUCGUUCACCAGCCAUGAGGCUUCCUCUGCUCUGCGCCUCUGUGAUGCUAAUGAGUCUGUCCCAGUGCCGAGCUGUCAGCUUUCCUGAAGAUGAGGACCCUAUUAACAUUGUUGACUACCACUAUUCAAGGCAAUAUCCAGUAUUUAGAGGACGCCCUUCAGGCAAUGAAUCUCAGCACAGACUGGACUUCCAACUGAUGCUGAAAAUUCGAGACACACUUUAUAUCGCUGGCAGGGAUCAAGUUUACACUGUAAACUUAAAUGAAGUUCCAAAAUCAGAAGUUACUCCAAGCAGGAAAUUGACAUGGAGGUCAAGGCAGCAGGACAGAGAGAACUGUGCUAUGAAAGGAAAACAUAAAGAUGAAUGCCAUAACUUCAUUAAAGUCUUUGUUCCAAGAAAUGACGAGAUGGUGUUUGUCUGUGGAACAAAUGCAUUUAAUCCUAUGUGCAGAUACUAUCGGCUGAGUACCUUAGACUAUGAUGGGGAGGAAAUUAGUGGUUUGGCAAGAUGCCCAUUUGAUGCCAGACAAACCAAUGUCGCCCUCUUUGCUGAUGGAAAAUUGUAUUCAGCAACAGUAGCAGAUUUCCUGGCAAGUGAUGCUGUUAUUUAUCGCAGCAUGGGAGAUGGAUCUGCCCUAAGAACAAUAAAGUAUGAUUCCAAAUGGAUAAAAGAGCCACACUUUCUCCAUGCCAUAGAAUAUGGGAACUACGUGUAUUUCUUCUUUCGCGAAAUUGCUGUAGAGCACAAUAAUUUAGGCAAGGCCGUGUAUUCCCGUGUGGCACGCAUAUGCAAAAAUGACAUGGGGGGUUCCCAGAGAGUCCUGGAAAAACAUUGGACAUCCUUUCUGAAAGCUCGGCUCAACUGCUCCGUUCCUGGGGAUUCGUUCUUCUACUUUGAUGUUCUGCAGUCUAUCACAGACAUAAUAGAAAUCAAUGGAAUCCCCACAGUCGUCGGUGUAUUCACUACACAGCUCAACAGCAUCCCUGGUUCAGCAGUGUGUGCUUUCAGCAUGGAUGACAUUGAGAAGGUCUUCAAAGGGAGAUUUAAAGAACAAAAAACUCCUGACUCUGUUUGGACAGCUGUACCUGAAGACAAGGUACCAAAGCCAAGACCUGGCUGCUGUGCAAAACAUGGCCUAGCAGAAGCUUACAAAACCUCCAUUGAUUUCCCAGACGAAACAUUGUCCUUCAUCAAAUCUCAUCCUUUGAUGGAUUCAGCUGUUCCCUCAAUCAUUGAGGAGCCUUGGUUUACCAAAACACGCGUCAGAUACAGAUUGACAGCAAUUGCUGUAGACCACGCUGCUGGACCACAUCAGAACUACACAGUCAUAUUUGUUGGCUCUGAAGCAGGAGUAGUACUUAAAAUCUUGGCAAAGACCAGACCUUUCUCUUUGAAUGACAGUGUGUUACUGGAAGAGAUUGAAGCAUAUAACCACGCAAAGUGUAAUGCUGAGAACGAGGAUGACAGAAGAGUCAUUUCCCUUCAGUUGGAUAGAGACCACCAUGCUCUGUUUGUGGCCUUCUCCAGCUGUGUCAUUAGAAUUCCUCUGAGCCGGUGUGAGCGUCACGGGUCAUGUAAAAAGGCAUGUAUUGCUUCUCGGGAUCCAUACUGUGGCUGGUUAGACCACGAGGUGUGUGGGAGAGUGACACCAGGCAUGCCGUUCUCUUUGUUUGUUUCAUACAACCAUAGCACUGGAGGAUAUGUGCAAGAUGUGGAAUAUGGCAACACAGCACAGCUUGGGGACUGCCAUGAAAUUUUGCCUACUACAGCUACACCAGAUUACAAAAUAUUUGGGGACCCAACAUCUGACAUGAAGUUCUCCUCAGCUUCCAUUACCACAAUGGCAAGUAUCCCAGUUAUAUCACCUAGAGUGAUUGGUUCCUGGAAACCUAAAGUGACUGGCUCUCGGAAAUUUGUAGUUCAAGAUGACCCAAACACUUCUGAUUAUUCUGAUCCAUUAUCAGGUGUCCCAAAGGGUGUAAGGUGGGAAGUGCAAUCGGGAGAGUCCAACCAAAUGGUACACAUGAAUGUCCUAAUCACUUGUGUCUUUGCUGCUUUUGUCCUGGGAGCCUUUAUUGCGGGAGUGGCCGUGUACUGUUAUCGGGAUGUGUUUGUACGGAAAUCCAGGAAAAUACACAAAGAUGCAGAAUCUGCUCAGUCCUGUACGGACUCCAGCGGGAGCUUUGCUAAACUGAACGGGCUUUUUGAUAGUCCUGUCAAGGAGUACCAACAAAACAUUGAUUCGCCCAAACUCUACACCAACCUGCUGACCAGCAGAAAGGAAUUGCCACCAAAUGGUGAUAUGAAGUCCAUGAUGAUGGACCACAGGGGCCAGCCUCCGGAAUUAGCUGCGCUUCCCACUCCUGAAUCCACACCAGUUCUUCAGCAAAAGACUCUGCAAGCCAUGAAAAGUCAGUCGGACAAAGCACACAGUAAUCUCAAUGCUUCACGAAAGGAAACCCCACUAAAAAGCCCUCAGUUUUUUCCUUCCAGUCCUCCACCUCACUCUCCUCUGAGUCAUGGACAUAUCCCUAGUGCUAUCGUUCUUCCCAAUGCUACUCAUGAUUACAACACGUCUUUCUCAAAUUCUAAUGCGCACAAGGCAGACAAGAAGAUGCAACAUAUUGAUCAUCCACUUACAAAACCAUCCAGCAAAAGAGACCACAGGAGGUCUGUUGAUUCCAGGAACACCCUGAAUGAUUUUCUGAAGCACUUAAAUGAAACUACUAGUAAUCCAAAAGCAAUUAUGGGAGAUAUUCAAGUGGCCCACCAGACUUUAAUGCUGGAUCCAAUGGGAAAUAUGUCUGAGAUCCCACCUAAAGUUCCCAACAGGGAGGCAUCUUUAUACUCUCCACCAUCAACUCUUCCGAGAAACAGCCCCACAAAACGAGUGGACGUUCCCACCACACCUGCAGUACCGAUGACCUCUUUGGAAAGGCAGAGAGGUUAUCACAAAAAUUCUUCACAAAGGCAUUCAAUAUCUGCCCUUCCUAAAAACUUAAACUCACCAAAUGGUGUUUUGUUAUCCAGACAGCCCAGUAUUAAUCGGGGGGGUUAUGUGACGCCCACAGCAGGCACAAAGAUGGACUACAUGCAAGGAACGCCUGUCAGCGUUCACCUCCAGCCUUCCUUGUCCAGGCAAAGCAGUUACACAAGCAAUGGCACUCUUCCUCGUACAGGAAUAAAGAGGACACCCUCGUUAAAACCUGAUGUGCCACCAAAACCCUCAUUUGUUCCUCAAACAACAUCAGUCAGACCACUGAACAAAUACAGUUACUAGGACGCGUUUGUCCUAAAAAUGAGCGUGGCAUUGACCUGUACAGGUUGUGAGAUGAUGUUGUGGUAGACACAUAAGACAGAGACUUGCUUGUAAUUAAAGAGAACAAAGUGGCCAAAGAAACUGUCUUUACUUCAGCAACAUCUGUGUCUUGCCACAGGUAGCUACAGCAAGACUUUGUGUACUUGCUGAGAGCAAAUGAAAAAAGAAAAACAAAACAAAGGAAAGUGCUGGUCAUUACAUUUCUUUUGUUUGGAGCUAAGGAGACAUGUAGCACAAUGGGGUGGGGGCUACUUUACUGUUCUGAAUAGCUAAAAAAGCAAACAAACAACAAAAAAAAGUUCUUGGGAAAAGAAAUCUGUAAGCAAAUACUUGAAAAAUGGGUUCCAUUUUAGACUGCCAUUAAGCGUGGUCCUUCCCAUUAAAUGUGAACAUUUUAAUAUGUAUGCAUUCACCUUGCCUCUUGCACAAAUGUCAGAAAAUGGUAAUGUCUCAAUGACUAUCUGGGUUAAUAAUCAAUUUGCUGGAAUUCAGUCUCUGGCCCAACUGUAGCAUUUAUUUUUAUUUCUUUUUUCUCCUUGUGUGUGGCAUUUUGUUUGUGCCACAGAUAAAGCUGUGCGUGUGUGUGGGUGUAUGUGUGUACUGUACACACUAGGAUGUGCUUAGAUUCCCAUUGCAUCUUUUAUGCUAUGGAAUUGUUUACAUUGAGCAUGACUGAACAAACAGAUGACUCUGCCUUCUGCAGCCCAUUGGGUUCAGUUUGGCAACAGCCAAGGAAGAACUGUGCGUUGCCGCCAGCCUUCUGCAUGACAGCCUUGAUGAAGUGUUCACCCAGCAAAAAGAGUGCAGAUACCUUUAAUUCUCCAUAACUCUGUUAUGCUGCUAUCGAUUCAGAGCUGUACAUUUCAAACCUAGUCGUUUGGGCUGGGAUGGGGGAGUUCAGCUGUGUUUCCACAUUGCCUCCAUCCACUACCUGGCCACUGUGAACCUGAGCCCCUGUACUUCUCAUUGAGGGCAGCUAGUAACAAUUCUUUUGGCAAAAGCCUGCUUAACUGGAGAAGGUUACACGUUUGUUGCAUUUAAAGAUGCCCUGUAGUCUGAUAGACUCUUGUCAGUGAAGAAAAAAAAAAAGACAGACACAUUAAUUGGCCUGGCAGAAGCAGUCUGUGAAAAAUCAACAGUAGUGCAAUCAAUUUGUUUUUGUUGUUUAAUGUAAGGUUGUUGUUUUUUUUGUUUUUUUUUUUCCAAAGUCAUGCAGGUAAUGACAAUAUUCUGUAAAUAUUAUGUGUGAGUUUACCUGAAUCUGUGCAUUUUGUGCCUUAUUCAUGCAAAUGAUAAAAGUACUAAAAAAACAAACAAAAAAAAACAAAAAAAAAAAAAACAAACUGUCAAGUGUUCUCACUAUAGCACAUAUCUCCUGAGUGCCAGUUGUAAAACCUCUCAACAGCACCCCCCCCCCAAAAAAAAAUAAAGAUAAUAAGCAAGGAUAAUUAACAAUAACUAAAGGCAGCCUACAAUCCAAGAAGACAGCAGCAUUAAAUCACCUUGCCAUGAUAAACAUUCCACUCCAGCUCUCCGAAGGAUCAAACAGUUAUAAUGUGAAAUCAAAUGAGGUUUCUAGGGUAAUGGAACACCUGCUAAAGUUGUGUAAGCUAUUUAGUAGGUUUUACAGUAUCCACUUGCAGCUGAUGUUCAACACAGAUGGCUAUUUUAGCUUGCAAACUACACACUACCACAUUGUUUAUUGAACAUAAGUAUAGAAAUAACCAUGGCAGAGGAAUGAAUUAGCGGGACAAAUAACUGCAACGGGUUUCAGAGAUGGUGGAGAUUUAUGUUAUGUGUUCGAAGGGGAGAAAAGGUUAGUCACUGAAAACUGGAUCUCUUUUACAGAACAAAGAAUAAAGGACAGCAGUAGUCAUUUUUUCUUGCAAGGCUGUAAGGGACAUUUAUUUCCUGAGACCUCUGCAUCCAAAAAUCAAUGAUCUCUCUUCCUAAACACUUAUGUCUUGCAACUAAAACACUACAGAUUAAUAACAUAAAAAUGUACUUGGUUGUCAAGAGACAAAAACUGAUCUGAAUUCACUCUACAAAUAUUAAUUAAUAAAGACUUGUGUGAAAUCGAAAGAUAAAUGUAUGUGAACCCUGAUAACCUCCUGUAACAUUGUGCUGCCUUGUAGAUGGUAAUGUGAGUUCUCUCAGUAUUUAUGUUGAAAUUUCUAACAUUCAACCUAGUCUUCAUUCUGUUAAUUUAAUAAUAAAAGAUGCUUUAUCCAUUUGUGCAAAGGUAAACGCAGAUUGUAUCUUUUUUAAUGGUACGGCAUAAAAAAGUAACCCUUAAAUGAAGCUGCUCUAUACUAUAGAGUACUUUAACAUGUAUAGAUAUCUUGUAAACUUGUAUUGUGGAUGUGUAAAUAAUACGUUCUUUGGGUUUUUAACACCGCAUGUAAAGUGAAAAUAAAAUAUUCCAAUGUAC